AUGUUUACCUGUGCGUUUUUGGUCGGCCUGCUCGUCCUGUACAUGAUCUGGGAUGUGAACUAUUUCCUCCGCUGUGUGGCCACGCUCGGUUACGGUAUGCUGUUCCAACGCAAACGUAAAGUUACCGACCAGACGGCCAUAUACGGGCUCUGCACAACCCAGGAUGUAGACAUCUUUAUCCGCCACAUGAACAACGCCCGAUACCUGCGGGAGCUAGACUUCGCUCGGUUCCACUUCUAUGGUCUGACCGGUAUUUACGGUAAAAUAAAGGCGAAGCGAGGCGGUGCAGUUCAGGGUGCAUCCAGCGUACGCUACCGACGGACAAUCCCCAUCUUUACCGCGUACAAAAUUACCACCAAGCUGGUUUGGUGGGACGAGAAAGCCAUCUACCUGGAGCAGCAGUUCGUAACGCUCGCCGACGGGUUUGUACGUGCCGUUGCCAUGUCCAAGCAGUGCAUCACCAACGUAGACGUACUGGAACUGAUGAAAGAAUUUCCCGGGGCAGAGCAGAGACCAGCGAUGCCGGACGAUCUCAAGCAGUGGCUCGAAUCAAUUGAAACAUCCAGCCAAAAACUGCGCAAGGAUAAGUAAUCCGACGCACCACUGACAAGCGCGACGAUGUAGUUUUAGUUCCUGUUCGCGGGCAUUCAUUCUGGGUUCAACGGGAGAGGGAUUUACUUGCCAUGCAAGACAACAGUACUGAUUACUGCUUACAUUCGAAUAAAAC